UCGUUUUAGGUUUAAAUUUCCAGUGCAGUUCUGGCCUUUCAUCGAGUUGUGUGUGUUUUCUGUUUUGCGUGUUAACGUUUUGCAUUUUACGUGCGGAUAAGUUUGAACAAAUUUCAAGCCCCCUCAAAAAUGAAUCAAUCCAUGAGCUUAAUGUGCGUUGCAACGACGACGACGGUGUUGAUGGUUUUACUCAUGACCGAUGUUAUCUUUUGUGGGCCAAUCCAAAUUACAGUGAGUGAUAAUUCUGUUUACUCCAAUGGUGAAUCCUCAAGUGAUGGUGAAUUAGAACAACAUCAUCAUCAGGAACAGGAGCAGAAUCAUCAUCAUCAGGAGGUCGAGGCAAGGGAACUCCCACAACAUCAAGAGGAGGAUUAUUUGAAGAUAAGUCUUCUCGAGCCUAAAGAUAAGAUUAGAGAGUCUGUCAAUUUGGAAUAUGAAGCGAUUCCUUCGAAGGUUUUGACCAAGUAUGAUUCGGGCCACAAGAAGUUGGCUGAUUUUACUAGGCCGAUUCCAGUUAUAGAUACAAUUAGUGAAUCGGAGAAAUAUGGUAAUACUGGUGACCAAUUUGAUGGUAUCGCGAGGGCCAUUGUUAACGGCUAUGAGGCAUUUUCAAAUUUGAUAAACAAGUUGAUUGGGAAACCAAAAGAAGUCGCUAGAUCAAUAUCUCGAGGAAUUACAGCACAGCUUGAUGUUAUUGGAGGAAAAUUAGUUGGCCUGUAAAAACUAUAUCGAACUGAAAAACUGUCUAUUUUUUUUUGUAAAUACCUGCUGUCCUUCAUUGUUAUUGAUAAAUUAUUAUUUAUUUAUAAGUAAUUUGCCGCAAAACUUGUUUCAAAAUAUAAACAUUAAAAAUUAUGUUUAAGAAUGAAAUUAUAAU